AAGUUUGGAAAUCUCCUCACACUUGUACCCUAUGUUACAGUGUAUACACAUUACACACUGACAGUGUCUUUAGACUUAACAUAACCUCCCCCCCAAAUUAAAAGUCACUCUCAAUCCCCUAUAAACAAAUGAGCACUCUGGUGUGGGUGUGUUUCUUUGGCCAAAAGGCGGAGGAGGUAAACAGCUCUAUAAAGUGAUGCACAGUGAAGACUCCGGUUCACAUUUCCCUACCCACCCUCCUAACACAUUUUACAGAGCCACAAGUCUUCAUUUAUUGGAAGCCAUGGCACAGUUCAUCCAUCUCUUGCUGCUGCUGGGUAUGUGUCAUGUUGCAGCAACAUAUGUUUUAGAAAGACAGGUGUGGCUGCUGGAGGGAAGCAGUGCCACUUUCCCAUUUCCUCCAGAUCGGACCAUUAAAUACUGUGGCAGAGGAGGCAGCAAGUGUGAAUGUGCGAAGGGCUUUUGUAAAUCCAAUAAUCCCAGCCUCCCCGGAGUCACAGUGACUGACAGCACCCUGACCAUUACCAACUUUACACGAGAGAAUGAUGACAUCAACCUCUGCCAUGAAAACAAAUAUACAAAAGUGUGUGUGCAUCUGAAUGUAUCAGUAGGUUGUUCAGAGUCGCAUAAAUAUACCUUUGCAAAAGGUCAACCUAAACACAACAAGGCGACUGUUGCUGACUGCAGGAGACUCUGUUCUGAAGAUCCCACCUGCCAAUACUUCACAUUUUAUACACACAAUACAACAUGUUUCCUGAUGACAUCAAGAGAUGACAUGCUGAUACAACUUCAUUCAUAUGCUGUCUCAGGGUACCCUGCUAGGGACGACUGUGCUCCAGUGAACCCAACAUCAGUCCCUCCUGGUCUGACCCCUCCCCAACACUCAGAUGAGGAAGAAGAAGGUCUCCGGUUCUACCCGGAACACAAAAGCUGGAUUGAUGCCCUGCAGCACUGCCACAACAAGAACUCUGCCCUGGUUCAAAUCACCAACCAGACAGUGCAGGACGCAGUGAACUCUUUCCUACAAAAUAAGAGCGGCUUGGAUGGUGGAGUGUGGAUCGGCCUGGAGCGCUCCAUCUUUGGUGUCAACGUCCCCUGGCAGUGGAUUUCAGGGCAAAGAGUAAAGGAAGAUCAUUGGAGCAGUAGCGCUUUUGUCGACCCCUUAAACAACCACUGUGGAAAGGUCAUCCAGGUGAAAGAGUCACAAGAAUUCAAGUGGCUGGACGAAGACUGCCAUAAAGAGCUACCUUUCAUCUGCCAAGAUCUGAAUGGAAAGGCCUCGCCAUAAUCACUUCACUUCUCGAGACCAAGAUCCAUCAUGACGACUGCAUGGGGCUCUGGAAACUACAAGAGUCACUCCACUAUUCUUCUUGAUAUUAUGUUUGAAUGAAUAUUGGUGUUGUGGGCUACUGAUUUUUGCAUUCACUGUUCAUUGCACUUGUACUCACUUUCUAAUAACUGACUGAUUUGCUUUCUGUGAGAAAUAUUUACUCAUUUUUACUCAACUGAAUGUAUCAAUAAUCAGUGCAUAAUCAGAAUCAAGAAACACAUAAUCAUUGUUAAUCAUGUUUUGUUGUUACCCUAGUUAGGAGCUAAAAAUGAUGGUGUACGCCUUCACCAUCUGUGCUCAAGUUGGUGUGAUGUCAUGACCUCAUUCAUGAGGUUUACUGUCAAUCAACAAAGUCAGAUUCCUCUCAUCACUUCUCACAUUUCACAAAUCUCUCAACGGUUCAAUUCUUCUUUUGUCAAAAGUAUUAAAGUCUCAACAUAUCUCAAUCAAAAAUUACUAAUGGAUGAAGAAGUAUCC